GAAAUACUUUUCGAGAUUCUAUUACCUGGAGAAACGAACCUCGCCUAAACAACUACUCACCCGCUCCCCCCCCCCAAUCGGAGAAGAUACCUUUGGACAAUAAAAUAAUCAUGUUAUUACAAUCCGCCAUCGUCGCCUUGGGCGGCGCAACCUUAGCGGCUGCUGUCACACCUCUUGAGGUUCAGGGCCAACAGUUUGUCAACACCAAAACUGGAAAUGCGUUCCAGAUUGUGGGGAUGGCUUAUCAGAUUGGCGGAAGCGCAGGCUACGAUCCGAGCCACGGGAAGGAUCCUCUUUCCAAUGGUGACAUCUGCAAGCGAGACGCCGCUCUCAUGCAGUCUCUGGGUGUCAACGCAAUUCGGGUGUACAACUUGGACCCCAACUUGAACCACGACGAAUGCGCUAGCGUCUUCAAUGCUGCGGGUAUGUACAUGAUCAUUGAUGUGAACUCGCCCCUAGCAGGCGAAUCUAUCAACAGUGGUGCGCCUUGGGAGUCCUACUACGCCGCGUACCUUAACAGGACUUUCGCCGUCGUUGAGGCUUUCAAGUCUUACCCUAACACCCUGGGUUUCUUCUCUGGCAACGAAGUCAUUGAUAAUGUCAAGACCGGUGCCACCGUGCCCCCUUACGUCCGUGCUGUGACUCGUGACCUCAAGAACUACAUCAAAAACCAUGCCGACCGCAAGAUCCCUGUUGGCUACUCGGCCGCCGAUGUUCGUUCCGUCCUCGAGGACACGUGGAACUACUUCCAGUGCGCUAUCGAUGGCGACGAGGACGACAUGUCCCGGGCUGAUAUGUUCGCCUUGAACAGUUACUCGUGGUGCGGGGAUAGCUCUUUCCAGAAAUCCGGAUACGAUACUCUCGUUUCCCUUUUCAAGGAUUCAUCCGUUCCCGUCUUCUACUCCGAAUUUGGUUGCAACACCCCUUCUCCCCGUGUUUUCACUGAAAUCGGCACUAUCUAUGGUUCGGAAAUGAUGGGCACUUUCUCUGGUGGUGUCGUCUACGAAUGGGCUCAGGAGGACAACAACUACGGUCUGGCUGAGUGCAACGACGAUGGAACUGUUACCCUCUUGGCCGAUUACCACACUCUCCACGACCAGUACAGCAAGGUUGACUUCAAGUCGAUCCAAAGCGUCAAGGCUAGCGGUAAGAAGGUGUCGCCUCCUGAGUGCAAGGCCAGCUUGAUCAAGGAGAAGGGAUUCAGCAACAACUUCACCCUCCCCGUCCCUCCCCCCGGAGCUCAGAAGAUCAUCGACAACGGUGUUUCGCCUAAGCCGUCUGGCAAGAUUAUUGAAAUUAGCGACUACUCCGUUACCCACAAGAUUACGGAUGUCAAUGGCAAGACCCUUUCGGGCCUCGCUGUCAAGCCGCUUUCCGGUGAUGAAAUCAACACCCCCAGUGGCGGCACCGGCACCUCCUCCGGUUCAAGUGAUGAAACUAGCAAUGCUGCCCCUACCUUGGCGCCUCAGGGCUCCCUCUCCGCUGCCGCCAUCGCCAUCCCAGCGAUGAUCGCCCUUUCCUUCACAGCCGGAUUCACGCUGUUCUAGGCGAUCAGUUGAAUAGUCACUGGAUAAUGAGUUUUGGCGUUUCGCCCAGAGUAGCCGUGGGUUAUGAUAGUGUUUUUAACGUUUUAUUCCCCCUGUUGUAAUUUCUUUUUUUUUUUUCGGUCGUAGGAGGACAUCGAGGACAUGAGACAAUCGAGGGCUUCGUUGUAUUUUAAGUUAGACGUGCGCUUCUGCGCAGUACAUAAGUAGAGUUCAGAUUUGGCAUCACUUUUUGCUUGUGCGAUUUUUGCUUUGUG